AUGGUGAAGGCUGUUGCUGUGCUUGGUAGCAGUGAGGGUGUCAAGGGCACCAUCUUCUUCACCCAAGAGGGAGAUGGCCCUACCACUGUCACCGGGAGUGUCUCUGGCCUCAAACCUGGCCUCCAUGGGUUCCAUGUGCAUGCACUUGGUGACACCACCAAUGGCUGCAUUUCAACUGGACCACACUACAAUCCUGCGAGCAAGGAGCAUGGAGCACCAGAAGAUGAGAACCGCCAUGCCGGUGAUCUUGGAAAUGUGACAGCUGUAGCAGAUGGUGUUGCUAACAUCAGUGUUACCGACAGCCAGAUCCCACUGACUGGGCCCAACUCAAUCAUUGGCAGAGCUGUUGUUGUUCACGCUGAUCCUGAUGAUCUUGGAAAGGGUGGGCACGAGCUCAGCAAGAGCACUGGAAACGCUGGUGGCCGUGUUGCUUGUGGGAUCAUUGGACUCCAGGGCUGA